UGAUCCAGUUAUUUCCGGAUUCGAUAAAUUACCUAACCUACAUUGCAAACUGAUGUCAUCGUUAUUUUAAAUAAAGUGUUGUAAUUCUUUUAAAACAUUUUUUCAGUGCUUAAUAAUUGGAAAAAAUGGUGUUCGAGUCUGUAGUAACCGAUAUUUUGAAUCGAAUCUUGGGAGACUUUAUUGAAAAUUUGGAUAGUAAACAAUUAAAUCUUGGCAUUUGGGGAGGGGAUGUAGAAUUGAAAGAUUUAAUUUUAAAACAAAGUGCUGUUGAUGAAUUGGAUCUUCCAUUACAAAUUGCCUACGGCAGGCUAGGUAAUUUGACAUUGAAAAUUCCAUGGAAAAAUUUAUAUAGCUCAGCAACAGAAGCAAGUAUUGAUGGACUAUAUUUGAUACUUGUGCCAAACAGAGAGAUCAAGUAUGACCCAAUAAAAGAUGAAAAGAAGUUAAGAGACACUAAAUAUUCAGCAUUGGCUCAAAUUGAGGAAAGGAAAAAAAGAGAAGCAGAAAUGGAGAAAACUGAUGAUACUUUUUUGGAAAAACUUAUUGUUCAGAUCAUUAAAAACCUGCAGGUAAAAAUAACCAAUAUUCACAUUCGCUAUGAAGAUAAAAUAACAAAUCCAGGACAUCCCUUUGCCAUGGGAAUAACUUUAAACAAUUUAGCAAUAGACACCACAGAUGAAAAUUGGAAACCCACAGUUGUGGAAGAAAUUGUAACAAAAAUUUAUAAGGCUGUACAGUUGGAUGCUUUAGCAGUUUAUUGGAACUGCGAUAGUGUUACUUAUUCUCAUUUAUCACCUGAAGAAGUUGUUCAAAAUCUGAUUAGGGAAACUGCCACAAACAGGUUUCAACCAGAAAAUUAUAAAUACAUACUUCAACCUAUAAUGUCCUCAGUACAAUUAAAACUUAAUCCCAAACCUGAAAAAGACAAACCGGCCUUUUCAAUACCCAAAGUCCAUUUACGUUUGGAAAUGGAGAAACUUGGAAUUGGUAUUAUGUGCAUUUAAUAUUUUUAAAUUCACAU